AUGGAGGAAAUAGCGGUGGUUGACGAUCUGCCAGAGAACGAGUGUGAGCAGAUUUUCGAUACCACUCAUAACCGUACCCCAGACGGCCGUUAUGUGGUACAGUUACCCUUGCGGCGAAAGUCAACGGAACUGGGUGACUCGUACACACUGGCAUUACAGCAAUUUCAUAGACUAGAGCGUCGUAUAGUCCUUAGAGAAAACUACAUUUCAUUUAUGAGAGAGUAUGCAGCACUUGAUCACAUGGAGAUAGUACAACCACCUUACAAUCACUCAAAUUGCUAUUACAUUCCUCAUCAUGCGGUCACAGCAAAGUUUCGCGUGGUGUUCAACGCUUCGGCACCUACCAGCACUAGAAUCUCACUGAACGAUGUUCAACUAGUAGGUCCAACGCUUCAGGAUUCGUUGAGUAUUAUACUUUUACGUUUUCGUCGCUAUCGAGUGGCGAUAACUGCGGAUAUAGAGAAGAUGUUCAGGCAAGUACUGGUUGCACCUAGACAUCGCCACUAUCAACGAAUUAUAUGGCGUGAGUCUCCUGCAGACGAUAUCCGAGUACAUCGCCUGAAGACUAUCACAUAUGGUAUGGCAUGCAGUCCUUACAAUGCGGUACGAACCCUGCAACAAUGUGCUUAUGACAAUUCCGCUGUGGUUCCUGACCUACAAUAA